AUGGCGAGGAUGACAUCAUACGGUAACGUUCCACAACCACACGCUGCCUUGUAUUACUCUCAAAGAGCAACACCGGGAGGUCUUCUCAUCAGCGAAGCUACCGGAGUUUCCGAAACCGCUAUGGCGUAUCAUGACAUGCCAGGGAUAUGGACGAAAGAACAAAUCGAAGCGUGGAAGCCUAUCGUUGACGCUGUUCACUCUAACGGCGCCGUCUUCUUUUGUCAGAUCUGGCACGCCGGUCGCGUUUCUCAUCGAGAUUCUCAGCCAAAUGGUGACGCUCCGAUCUCUUCUACGGACAAGCCUCUCGCCGAGGUUUCAUCCAACGAGUAUACACCUCCGAGACGUCUAAGAAUCGACGAGAUCCAAAACAUUGUAAAUGACUUUCGUGUCGCUGCAAGAAACGCUAUAGAAGCUGGUUUUGAUGGAGUGGAGAUCCAUGGAGCACAUGGCUACUUAAUCGACCAGUUUCUGAAGGACACCGUCAACGACCGAACUGAUUGUUACGGUGGAUCUCUCGAGAACCGAUGUAGAUUCGCACUAGAAGUAGUCGAAGCAGUGACAAACGAGAUCGGAUCUGACCGCGUUGGAGUCAGACUCUCUCCCUUCGCUAACUACAUGGAGUCGGGAGAUACAGAGCCUCAAAAGCUAGGCGUCUACAUGGCAAAGUCUCUGAAUAGAUUCAAGACACUCUACUGCCACAUGGUUGAGCCGAGGAUGAAAACAGUUGGUGAGGUUUUCGAGUGCACUGAGUCGCUUACGCCGAUGAGGAAGGUUUUUGAAGGAACGUUCAUCGUCGCUGGAGGUUAUACAAGAGAAGAUGGGAACAAGGCGGUGGCUGAGGGAAGAACUGAUCUGGUGGCGUAUGGGAGACUGUUCUUGGCUAAUCCAGAUUUGCCAAGAAGAUUUCAACUCGACGCGGCGCUGAAUAAGUAUGACAGAACAAGUUUCUAUACUUCUUCUGAUCCUGUCGUGGGUUAUACUGAUUAUCCUUUUCUUGAGACCGAAUCUUAA